AUGUCAUUGGAGGACAAACAGCAGUUUUUGGUUGAUGAAAUCAUCAAUAAGGGUUAUGAUAGUGAAGACUUUACUAAGUAUAUGGAUAAAAAGAAAGAAAACGGAGGUUAAGAUUUGGAUAUCUGGUAGAUGGAUGAAUUAAGAUAAGCAGUCAAUGAUUAUCAAAAAAUGAAGAAUGCAAUGAUGUAAAUCGUUGAUGAUGACAUUGGAUUCAAGAGGAAGAUUGAUUGUCAAAAACUGAUUGGAACAGAAAUAGGUAACACAAAUAAUGUGUAAAUUACAAUUGAUUACUUUGACAAGAAGGAUACAGGAUUCUUUAGUCUUAGCAAGUCCUACGUUAACUAUAGAAUUACUACAUAACCAUUCUAAUGGGCUGUCACCAGAAGGUAUUCAGAUUUCGAAUGGUUGAGAGAAAUCUUAACCAAAUAAUAUCCUGGAGUGUUUGUACCUCCUAUUGCCAACAAAACUCCAACUAGAUAAUUCAGUGAUGCUUACUUAGUAAAAAGAAUGAAAUUCUUAGAAAAAUUCUUAAAUCAUUUACUUAAUUCAACGAUUCUCAAGAAUGACAAAUACUUUUGCGAAUUCUUAAGAAUGCAAGAUGAAAAAGAAUUCAAAUCUCUCCAAACCGCUUCGGAGAAAGUUCAAAAAACCACUAAGUUAGAUAAGGUUGUCAGUGAGACAGGAUAAAUUGAAGUAGCCUUCAAUCCUUAAACUGAUAAUUAUAUCAAAGCUGCUGGUAAUUUAAUGACGAGUUUAAAUUUGGACUUUGAUGUAAUUAUGAAAUAAUCAAAAAAAUUGUUAUAGGAUUUCGAAAUAAUAUCAGCUACAAUGUUUUAGAUGGGUGAAUCUUUUGAAGUGCUUACCAAUCACAUUAAUUAAUUUAAUGCUGCUGUUUAAGAACCUGAGAAGGUAUUGAAGUUCGAAGCAGUUACCAUUACAUUGAAUAAUAUGAUGAUGAUAUGGGGUAGAAACUUUUAGAAUUAUAUGAUCUAUAUCUAAGAUAACUUUAGAAACUUCUUUAAAUAUCAUGACAAAGAAAUUGGUUAAUUAAAAGAACAUCUACUGUUAAGAUAAUAAAGUUAAGCUGAAUAUUAAAAAUAUAAGGAACGAUUGGAUUUAAAAAAAGAAAAGUUUUAUCAAUUAAAAGAGUUCAAUAAAUGGGAAGUUUCUAAAGAAGUCUUAGAUGAAUUAAAAUCAAAUAUCGACAAUAAAAAGUAUUGUUUGAGUGUUAUGUUACCUAAAGAAACAUCAUAGUAGAAUGACUUAAGAGAUACAUAUGCUUAUUAUAAUCUAUCAACAUAUAAUGAAAUUAAAAGAGUCUUUGAUUAGAAUAUUGACAUUUAUGCAAAACAUUUUAUUAAAUUUGCUGAUAAUCAAGCUAACAAUUUGACAAAGAUGCAUGUAACUUGGGCUGAUAUCCAAGGCAAUUUAUAAGGAUUGGAUUUAAUAACAUAACAUGAUUAAAAAGUUUAAAUUAUGCAGUAGCCAAAACCUAAGGUUUGA